UGGAAUCACUACUGGGUGGAGCGCAACACCAGCGAAAGAGAGCAAAGAGGGAAUGAGAGAGGAAGAUUCUCUCGCCUUGGUGCGUGACCUAGGUCUUAGCCCGGCUAUGGCGCCGCGACGAGGAGGUGGACGACGGAGGCGCCAGGGCGCGGCGCCUUGAGAAUGUGAGCAUUCUUUCGGAGAUUUCGAUCCGGGAGCUCGCAAUGGCGGCACGGAUCCUUGCCAUCGUCUUGCUCUGGCUUGUAGGUUUUGGAGAUCUCAAGGCCGAGGAGGCGCUACCAGCAUUCGAUGGGAAUCUGUCGAUUCCCGCGGUUGUAGGCGCGCAGCCGCCCUUCUUCCUGCCUGUGUCGCCGAGCGCGCCUGGAGCGAUCCCCAUUGUCUCGCCAUCGCCUAUGAUUCCAGUUCUGCCCAAUCCAUCCUCGCCAAAGCUAUCAGGACACUGUAAGCUCAACUUCUCGGCUCUAACUCCAGCAAUCGAUCGAACAGCACAAGAUUGUCUCGCUCCCUUGGCAUUGUACGUGGGCGAGGUUAUCUGCUGCCCACAGUUGCAGACACUCUUUCGUCUAGCUCAAGGGCAUCACAGCAACACGUCCGGUCGGCUCACUUUCAAUCGUACUGAAGCAAGCUACUGUUUCUCCGACAUUAGCAGCCUGCUGGUGAGCAAAGGAGCCAACACCACCGUAUCGGAGAUAUGUUCCUUGGAGCCGAAAAGCUUGACAGGAGGGCAGUGUCCGGUGUACGAGACAAAGGAGCUCUACAGGCUUGUCAACACUUCUAGGCUUCUCGGGGCCUGCAAAGGAGUGGACCCCCUGAAAGAAUGCUGCAAGCCGGUUUGCCAGCCAGCGCUCGAAGAGGCCGCGUUACAGCUCGCCUCGAAUGGCUCAUUUGGAUUCGUGAAACAGAGCGGACUUGUUCCAGCCUCGGCGGACGAUCAAGUGUUGGAAGACUGCAAGGACGUUGUUCUUGCUUGGGUCGCUGGCCAGCUCAAUCUAACCGAGUCUAACACGGCACUCCGGAAUCUAUUCAGCUGCAAGGUUAACAAAGCGUGUCCUUUGGUUUUUAGCGACGUAUCUGCAGUAGUCGAUGAUUGCCAUGGACUCUCGCCAUCCAACGUUACCUGUUGCAGCUCGCUGCACAGAUACAUCUCCGAAAUGCAGCAGCAGAAGCUGAUCACGAACUUGCAAGCGCUAGAGUGUGUGAGUUUACUCGGCUCGAUGCUGCAAAAGCGGGGUGUUACAAGCAAUAUUUACGAUCUAUGCGGCAUCUAUCUCAAAGAUUUCAGCCUUCAAGGUGCUGGAGAUCAAGGGUGCUUGCUAAAUAGCUUGCCGUCUGAUGUGAUGAUCACGAGUAGCUCCGGCAUCACCUUCACUUGCGACUUGAAUGACAACAUCGCUGCUCCAUGGAUGCCAAUGUCUACGAGUUCCCUGUGCUCUGGAGGAAGGCCAAACAUCUCCUUCCCGAAAAUCCCACAAUCCGCGGCCCCCCUCACGUCUGGAACUAACUUCGCAAGAGCCAGCUCGAUCACUGCGUUUGUAGCUCCGCUCCUGAUCCUGGUGAUACUAUCAACUUCGAUUUGACACAACUAGCGCGAAAGAUCUUCCAGUCGAUAGAAUACAUACUCAAGGCUUUCGAGUGUAAGGGAGUUCCUCUUUUUUCUUCCUCGGUCUAAGGUUUUAUGAUAUUUCAGAGUAUAUAAAAAAAGAACUUAGCUCCUCUCGAUUUCCAGACUUAUUACGGUGAAAAAUAAAUCUCCCAAGUUUCUCCUCA